AUUUAAAAAAGUAAACCCGCGUAAUAACUUUUAUCACUUAUAAUUUACCAUAUUAUUUUUUGCAAUCUACAUAAUACGUUAUAUAUUCCAGUUUCCACUUUUCCAGUAACAUAAAGUACAUUCACGGCGUAGGUAGACAAUAGUUGAUAUUUAAAAAACACUAAUAAAUUUAGUAUAAGCAUAUAAUUAGUUCCUUUACUUGAAUUACUUGAAUUACUAAUUAGUCAAUUACAAAACAAUGAAAAAACUCGUGUGUACAAGGGAUCAAGUAAAUUUAAAAUGUGUCCUUCUUGGUGGACAGAGUUUCAGGUAAAUUAAUUAGUAUUGUUAUAAGUAGUUUUAUACUGGAUUAUUUAUUCAAUAAAUAGGAUUUUUUUUCUUGUUAAAUUUAAAUAUAAUAUGCAUAUUUACACGUUAGUUUAUUUACAUCAUUUUAGAUAUUUACAUACUGUUAUGAUUUUUUCUUAUUUUAUAAACCUUUUGUGGUUUAGCUUUUAAAAAAUAUUGAAAUAAAUCUAGUGUAAUAUUAUAAAUUAUAAUUAUCAGGUAGUUACCUACUUAAUACUAACAUGCAUUAUGUGUUAAAUGAUUAGAUGGAAAGAAACUGCUCCAAACGAAUAUUCAGGAGUAUUCUCUGGUGGUUUUUGGGUAUUACAACAAAACGAUGAUCAUAUAAAUUUCAAACGAACUCCGGCUACAAAUUCUGACGAACAAAGUCUGAGUAAUUAUCUCAGAAUGAAUGAGCCCUUGGACUUGUACUAUAAAGAAUGGAGUAUAUGUGAUCCUAUUUUUAAAAAGUCAGCUGAACGAUUUAAAGGAAUUAGAAUGUUGAAACAAGAGCCAAUUGAAAACAUAUUAUCAUUUAUUUGUUCAUCAAAUAACAACAUCAUAAGGUAAAUAAUUGAUAUUUAUGCAAUUUUAUUAACUUUUUUUAAAAUUAUUAAUAAUUAUUUAAAUUUAUUUAUUAUAGAAUCUCAUCUAUGGUUGAAAAAAUGUGUACUUUAUAUGGUGAUAAAAUCGAAGGGACUGAUAUUUAUGCUUUUCCAAACAUUGACCAAUUAGUAAGAGGAAACAUUGAGGAAGAUUUGAAAAAUGCAAAAUUUGGUUAUAGAGCAAAAUUUAUUAGUCAAACAGCUGAAAAAAUAUUUAAAUUAGAUGGGAUAAAAUGGAUUGAGAAACUGAAAAACAUGGAUUAUGAUAAUGCUAAAAAAGAACUGAUGUUAUUGCCUGGAGUUGGUCCAAAGGUAAAAACUUAAAACGUUAAAAAAACAAUUCUUCAUUACAUGUAUACUUUAUACUUAUAUAGGUUGCAGAUUGUAUUUGUUUAAUGUCGCUUGAUCAUUUAGAAGCAGUUCCUGUAGAUACACAUGUAUUUCAAAUUGCUCGUGAGAAUUAUUUACCGCAUUUAAAGAAAUACAAAUCAGUUACUCAACAAGUUUAUAAUGAAAUAGGAGAUUGUUUUAGAAAAAUAUUUAAGAAAAAUGCGGGAUGGGCACAUACAGUAAGAAUUUGUAUUCUUUAUUCACAUCACUUAAUUUUAAAGUUAUUAUUCAAUAGAAAAAAAUGAUUUAAAGAAAUGUUUAUAACUGUGUAACUUACUUACUAAAAUACUGUUAGUUUGAUAUUCCAGUAUUUUGUACCUUAUGUAUAUAAUUUUCCGGAAGAUAAUAAUAAUAAUACGAUAAUACGAAUAAGAUAAUAAUACUGUUCCUAAUAAUAACUAAUCUAUUGAAUAAAACAUAAAAUAAUCCAUUUAAUAUUUUUAUCAAGACUCUAAAUGUUAGUUAUUCAUAUUAUAAAUUAUAUAAAUUAUUACUUAUGUUAAGUGAAGUCAUAGAAAGUGAUUUAUAUUAUAAAAUAUUGUUUUUAAUUUGCAGGUUUUAUUUUUGGACGAUUUAAAAACCUUUAAAGCAAAUGAAUCAAAUAAUGAUAAACUAAAUGAAAAACCUAAAGCAAAGAAGAAAAAAAAAAUUUGAU